AUGGUAGGGAAAAUAAAAGGAGUCUUCAGAGAUGUCUGUGUCUCUCCAGAGAAACAGCAGUAUUACUUCACCAGUUGGCUUAAUGGAAUCAGUCAGAAUCAGCCCGUGCAGUUUUCCCUGCCUAAUUUCCCCAUCACCUGUUCAAAUACAACCAUUACUUUGGGUUACUUCGUGUUUACUGAGAGGCCCCGUGACAGCGACUGCUAUUUGCAAAGGGAAACCUGCAGGGAAAAGGUGGAAGGAGUAGUGGAAGAACCUGCCGAUGGAGGGACCACAGAAGGAUCUAUGGGAGAACAACGGGAACUGCAGGAGAGCAACAAUGACCAUGAGGGAUUCAAGGAUUAUGCAUCUCUGCACCUACGAUGCACCAACUGGCUGUUCCAUCAUUUGAAAGAAAAUCUUCAAGAUUUAAGACCUGUGACACAGUCUGAAGCUCUCCUGGCAUACUCUGAAGCUCUCCUGGCACCAUCCCCUUUAUCCUUCACAGGUGUUUCUCCUAGUCACUGCUCUUCGGAGGAAGGAGUGAAGUCUUCAUUCCAUACAAUGCUCCACAAAAACCUACUCAAUAUCCUGCCCAUAGUGUCCAUUCACUGAAUAAUGCCAUUGCCUGGUGGGCCGAAUCAUGAACGAGGCUACUUUAUGGGCACCCCGGGGACAUAGCAAAUAUUAGGCUUUGAAGAAAGAAGUGACAAGUACUUAACAAGGAAGAGAUUGAGAAUAUGUGAUAAAAUUACAAAUAAAGGAACCAAGGGUUAAACAAA